UUCUUUCAUCUGUACCUCUUCCAUAAUCUAAGGAUAUUUAAUUUAGAGGUUGUUUAUCUUCUAAAUAAUCCCAAGCAUUAAAUGGAACUGACCAGCUUCUGCUACUUAGUGGUUCUCUUGUUUAUGAACAUCUCGCCAACUAUCAUGGAAUAUCACUCCUAGUUCUUCUAUAAAUUAAAGAUGCCUGCAAAUGAAAUGUGGAUCCAGAGGAAAAGGUGUCUGUGUUUGUUAUAUAAAAUGAAAGUGUACUUGAUCUGAGACAACUCUUCUUCUGGCUGCAGAAGUUUUAUCUGCACGUCUAAAAUUCUAUCACUUGCACCAGAGAAGUGACAUUUUCUAAUAUCACUAGCAAGAAUGACCAUGAAGUACCUAACGGAACCAGUAUCUUGUUGAAUAAAGCACAAUGGCCUGCACUACAGUAUUUCUAGGAAGUGUUCAUUGCAAGGGAUGCAUUCCACCGCAGGUUGUGACUAGAUUAAGUCAUGUACGUACGGAGAAUAACAGACUUUCGCCUUGGCGUAGUUCUCAGAGAGAAAUAUUCUGGACAGUGAAAUCUGCAUUGAGUAGUCAGGAGAAGCAACUGAGAGCCUUAGAUUCUUAUUUCCGAAAGCUUCAUGAUAGAAGGAGAGCAUCAUCUUCGACUGAGAUGGAAAAAGUAACAGAUAAAUAUCAUCGGCUUAAAGCAGAGAAGGUACUUCGAUCUUUGGAGUACUUUCGUGGAAAAGGUAAUGAAGAUCCAAAAUUCCAUACCUGUUCAGCUUCUGAUGACAAUACAAUUGAAGAAGAAUCAUAUUUUCCCACGAAAAUAAUCAACAGAGGUGGCAGAGCUAAGAAACUAAAACAGUACAUGAGGUUAAAAGCUAAGGAUGUAGAGAGUUCGAACGAAGUAUCAUCUAGUUUUUACUUGAUAGGCAUACUGGCUUCUAUUAAUAUUGCUGUAUUCCUCUUCGAGACAGCUAGUCCAGUCAGCAACUCUGAAAUAGGGAUAUUUUCACUUCCAAUGGUAUAUGGUGCGAAGAUAAAUCAUUUGAUCCUACUUGGUGAAUGGUGGAGGCUUCUAACACCGAUGUUUCUGCACUCAGGAGUCCUUCACAUAGCCCUUGGUUGUUGGGUGCUUCUAAAUUUUGGGCCUCAAGUAUGUAAAGCAUAUGGUUCAUUUGCAUUUUUCCUGAUAUAUCUUCUUGGAGGAAUUUCUGGUAACCUCAUCAGCUAUCUUCACACUGCGGAGCCAACUGUUGGAGGAACUGGACCUGGUUUUGCAAUAAUAGGAGCUUGGCUCAUUUAUCAAGUCCAGCACGAAGACAUGCUAGGAAAAGAAGCUCCUAAAAGCAUGAUCGAAAAGGCGAUAAUAGCAACUACUUUCAUCUGUGUCCUAAGCAACUUUGGGCCUAUAGAUGACUGGGCACAUUUUGGAACAGCAUUGAUGGGAAUAGCAUAUGGCUAUCUUAUAUGUCCAACUCCUCAAGUAGAAAGUGUUGCAUCUUCAGAAAGUGAUCAAAAAGAAGGAAUCUCAAUGGCUAAAAAAUAUUCAGAUCCUUGUAAAUCCCUUUUUUACUUCUCGCUCUUUAUUCUGCUGCUUGCUUCUUUGCUUUUGGUAAUAGAACCUCCUCUCAACUCAAUAGCUGGAGCUGGAGAUAAGUUCUAUAUAAGCUGAAGCAGGCAGUGACGGAGCUAGGAUUUUCACUAAGAGGGUUUAAUGAAGAAGUAAACCUACGGAGAAGCCAAGGAAAUUCAACAUCUACUAUAUAUACAUAAAAUAAUUUGAACCUUUUAUAUACGAUGUAAUUUUCCACACGGAUGAGCCCUUUACUUCCACUUCGCUGCGCACAGGAAGCAGGGUACUUAGAGAAAAAAAACAAUACGUUGUAAUACAGUGUUAUGGAGAUAGUUUUUGAAUAAAUGAGCUUUACAAAA